UUACUUCAUGCCUCUGAUUCCUCUCUCCUCCUUCUCCGUCGUGUGUAAAUUCACGUACAGGACGACUUGAAUGAAAAUUUCUCAGUUGAUUCAUGGCGUCCCCUGUUUGUGAAGGCUGGUGGUUUAUCGUAUUCAAAUUCUUCGUACCGAUGGAAAUCACUGAAGCUUUUUACGGUGUUUGGAAUAUCAUUUUACAGAUAUGGAUUUCAAUCUGAAAUUGCCGACUCGUACAAGCACUUGGAAUCAAGAUUUUUCCCCUCCUCCUGUUUACCAGAUUUUGACUUCUGGUGAUUGAUCCAAGUUUUAUGGCGUAUGCGAAUCCGAAUCAAGUUGUCCUUGUCCCCUAUCGCCAACUGAUUGAUCCUCACUACUUGAACCGUCCGGUGGCCUUCGUUCAGGGACCGGCCGUUGGCCCGAUGAACCCCAUCAACGGACCAGUGCCACCGCAAUUGAUUCCUUUCAAUGCUGCCGUGAUCCCCCCUGGUGAUUUUGGUUUGAACGCCGCUGUUUUGGCUCCAAUCGAGGAGGCAAGGUCCCGAUCUUUGCUGCAGCUUAUGGCAGAAGAAGAACUAGUGCCUUCUCUGGAGGAGGAAAUUAGAAGGAGAAAUGCCAUUGAUAAGCUCAAACAGAUAGUGAUGGAAUGGAUUAAGAACAUUGCUCGUCAACAUCGGCUUAGGGGGGAAUAUAUUUCAGCUGCUUCAGCUACAGUUUUGACAUAUGGAUCGUAUGGCCUUGGAGUUCACAAUUCUGAAUCAGAUAUUGAUGCUGUAUGUGUUGGACCUUGCUUUGCUACUAUGGCAGAGGAUUUUUUCAUUGUUCUGCACAACAUGCUUACAAACAGACCAGAAGUAUCUGAUGUCCACUGUGUCAAGGAUGCAAAAGUUCCUCUAAUGCGGUUUAAACUUGAUGGCAUCUCCAUUGAUCUUCCAUAUGCUCAACUAAAAGUAAUGUCUGUUCCUGAGAAUGUGGAUAUUCUCAAUCCUUACUUUCUGAGGGGCAUUGAUGAAAUCAGCUGGAGAAGUUUGUCUGGUGUUCAUGCUAAUAAAUGCAUUCUUCAGCUUCUCCCAAAUAUAGAGGUAUUCCAGUCCCUGCUACGAUGUGUUAAAUUGUGGGCAAAGAGGCGAGGAGUGUAUGGUAAUUUGUUUGGGUUUUUUGGAGGAGUCCAUUUAGCUAUUCUCGUGGCAUUUAUAUGCCAAAGGCACCCAAAUGCCAGUUUGAGUGUUUUGAUUUCAAAUUUCUUUAAGACAUUUGCAUUUUGGCCUUGGCCAACUCCUGUAAUUCUGCAAGAUAAUGUGUUCCCUAUGACUGGAAGUGCCACUGGAUUGCGGUCCUUGAUGCCCAUUAGAUUGCCAUGCAGACCACAUGAGUAUUGCCAUUCUAAUAUCACCAAAAGCACAUUCUACAAAAUCAGGGCUGAGUUCCUUCGAGGUCAUACUUUGACUAAGGAUCUCCUGAAACAAGACUUUGAUUGGGCUGGCCUAUUUGAGUCUUUUCCAUAUACAAAGAAGUACACUCGCUUUGUCAAAAUAUUUCUUCUGGCUCGUGACCAAGAUGAGUUAGGAGAGUGGGUGGGUUGGGUUAAGUCACGGUUUCGGAGUCUUCUUCUCAAGUUGGAGGAAAUUCAGGGUUUUUGUGAUCCCAACCCGACAGAGUACGUUGAUGCGAACAUAGUGGAGCCAAACGUUGUGUUUUACUGGGGCUUACAACCCGGCAGGAAUGGUUUUGUUGACAUGAAGUCAGUUAAGGAUGAUUUUAUCAAGAGCAUAAGCAAUGGCUAUCAAGUCCCUACCAGAAGGAUAUCACUGUCAAUUGUGCAAGCUUCGCAGCUGCCGAAGAACGCUACAUUUGACACAGAAAGUGACCAGAGACGGGAAGCGUGCUAUGGGGAGUUGGACUGCAAUCAGCGAGUCAGCCCAGAGUUCUCUGAGCGUCUGCCUUCAAAUGUUGGCCGCUUGACCACUAAUGCAAAUUCUGUUCACCCAAGUUCUGGGGGCUAGGCUCUUGGUAGCCUACCCAUUUUGGCUUUGUUGCUCUUUGGUAAUGGUUCCUUGUUCCUUGUGGGUUUUUGGUCUUGUAGAGGCUAUACAGUGCACGCAAAUGCCUUUUGAGUGAGACUUUUGGGGGAGUUUUUUUGGGCGCCCGGGGGGCGGGGGGCGGGGGGGGGGGGGGGGGGGGGGAGAGAGAGAGAGCAAGAGACAAGAGUUAGUUGUGGGGAUGGAAAAGCAAAAGGGUUGUGUUCCCAUGUAAAUUUAUUGAAUGUCUUGUUAAUUGGAAAAAAGGUAUAUACACGUCAUCAUGGUGUCCACACCAUUUUUGAAAUCGGUGAAAAUAUAUUCUGUUGUUUUUGUAAUUGUGACAUUUUAGAUCAAUUUUUGGAAGGUAAUUCCGGAAUUCA